CAGACUGGAGAUCUGACCCUCACUCUGAAGGAUCCCAGACUGGGAGACAGCGGCAUCUAUAUCUGUAUCGUCUACGACAAUGAUGGAAAAAUACUGAGACGGAAAGUAGUGACGCUCACUGUGAGAGUCUAUAAGGUGGAAAAGGUUUCUGUGGAUGAGGGAAAGAGGUUGGUAGUUCUUCCCUUUCAUGCAACACCCUCCCUCCUCUCUGAGAGCAUCACUGUGGAGUGGAAAAUCUCAGACGUAGAAGACACGAUGCUCUACAAAUAUCAGAGAGGCUGUCACAUACCAGCAGAGGACCAGGUUUAUGGAGGCCACACAGAGAUGAAUAAAGAUCCAUUAAAAACUGGAGACCUCAGUCUGACCAUCAGGGACCUCCGUCUGACUGACGGUGUUUAUACCUGCACCAUCUAUGAUGAGAAUGGAGAGAGGCUGCAGCAGAAGGUGGUGGUCCUCAUAGUCAGAGAUUUACAAAUGGAGAUUGUGGAGGUACCAAAGGGAGAAGCAUCUGUGACACUUCCCUUUAAAAUCCAACCUCCUGAAGAAGAAGACCUAAUGAUCAGGUGGAUACAUGCUGGUUCCAAACAAUCUGAGGUCAUCACCUUUGAGAAUGGAAAACUUCAAGUUUCCAAAUAUAGCAAGCUUUAUCGCCGUCACAUUAAGAUGGAUAAAGACCUGCUGAGUUCUGGAGACCUCAGUCUGAUCCUGAAGAAUCCUGGUUAUAAAGACAAUGGCCUCUACAAAUGUACCGUCUACAGUGGCCAGAAGAUCCAGCAGGAGAAAAUGGUGACGCUCAGUGUUAAAGAUCCUCUGGACAGCAGCUUCAUGGAACGACUUCAGUCCCACAGGAGGAACAGGAAAUCAUCCGCUUCAUCUCAGGAGUAAUUGUCCUUCUGUUCUUCCAUCUUACUAAUAAAUGUGUGAUCCAGCUGGG